AUGGACGAAACCGGUAUUUCCACGACAACUAACAAACCCCCUAAAGUACUAUCGAUAAAAGGAAAGAAACAGGUAGGCGUAAUUGCAAGUGCGGAGCGUGGCCAAUUAACGACAAUGACCGGUUGUUGCUAUGCCGCUGGUUCAUUUUUACCGCCCUUCCUUAUUUUCGCCAGAAAGAAGAUGCAGUCUAGGCUACUCGACGGUGCUCCUCUCGGGACUCAAGGUACUUGUACACCAAAUGGUUGGACUCCAGGUGAGGUAUUUCUUGCUUGGUUGCAUUUCUUUGUAGAAUAUACACGACCUAACGCCGACAAAAAGGUACUUUUACUUUUGGACAACCAUGAAAGCCACAAAUACUAUCCUGCAUUGGAAUAUGCAAGCUCAUCCUGGGGCAUUAUAAAUCAAUACGACGUAGCCAGACUGUUAUCACCAGCCUUUCUGAAAAGUUCAGUAGCCAUAAAUGCAGUUCAUGGAUUUGAACGGCCUGGCAUUUGGCCAGUAAACAAACACGUUUUUGGUGAAGAACACUUUGAACCAGCGGAUGUGAUUGUGGGCAGAUCAGAUAUGAAUAUUAGCCGAGUAAGCAUACAUUCCUUACAAACAAUAGAAAUUCCUGAUACCGCUGCAGAAGCCUCUUCAACUCCUUUGCCCUCACAUUUACAAGAAAAGAUUUUAACAGUUGAUCCUCCAGGAGAAAUGAUUCCGCGUCCAGACAAACCCACAAAAGAGCGACUCAUCUAA